CUGGCCCCAUGGAGCCCGAGCUGGAGCACUCACUGAGCACGACCCCAUCCUGGAGCAGCCUGGUGGGUUCUCAGCAUCAAGAGAUGAGCUUCCUGGAGCAAGGAGAGAGCACUCCGUGGCCAUCACCCGCCAUGACCACCAGCUCAGAAAGAAGCCAUCGGAAGCGGGGGGCCAAGGCCUCAGGAUGGACAAGGCAGGAGGCUGUGGAGGAAGAGGACCUGCCAGGCCUGGGGGAAGGUCCCCAAUCCAGGCCAGCUGCUGAGUUCAUCGGGCUGGAGUCCACAUUCCCCAAGGCCACACCCUUGGCCCAGGCUGCUCCCUUGGACAUCCUCCCCUCUGAGUGCGCAGUCUCAGCCACGGGCUCCAGCGAAGAGUUCCCAGCCACAGUAGCUUGCAGGUCUGAGCUCAGCCUGGUGGAAGAGAGGCCUGCCCCGUGCCCAUCCCCGCAGGCCCCGUUACCCAAGCAGGGCUUGGACGAUGAACUGCAGAAGCCGGGAGCCCAGGUCUACAUGCACUUCAUGCAGAAGCACACCUGCUACGAUGCCAUGGCAACCAGCUCCAAGCUGGUCAUCUUCGACACCACGCUGGAGAUCAAGAAGGCCUUCUUCGCCCUGGUGGCCAACGGUGUCCGGGCCGCACCUCUAUGGGACAGCAAGAAGCAGAGCUUUGUGGGGAUGCUGACCAUCACAGACUUCAUCUUGGUGCUGCAUCGCUAUUACAGGUCCCCCCUGGUCCAGAUCUAUGAGAUUGAAGAGCAUAAGAUUGAGACCUGGAGGGAGAUCUACCUUCAAGGCUGCAUCAAGCCUCUGGUCUCCAUCUCUCCCAAUGACAGCCUAUUUGAAGCCGUCUACACCCUCAUCAAGAACCGGAUCCACCGCCUGCCUGUCCUGGACCCGGUAUCAGGCGACGUGCUCCACAUCAUCACACACAAACGGCUACUCAAGUUCCUGCACAUCUUUGGCGAUCUGCUGCCCCGGCCCCCAUUCCUCUACCGAACCAUCCAAGAUUUGGGCAUCGGCACAUUCCGAGACUUGGCUGUGGUGCUUGAAACGGCACCCAUCCUGACCGCACUGGACAUCUUUGUGGACCGGCAUGUGUCUGCACUGCCUGUGAUCAACGAAGAUGGUCAGGUCGUGGGCCUCUACUCCCGCUUCGAUGUGAUCCACCUGGCUGCCCAGCAUACCUACAACCACCUAGACAUGAGUGUGGGGGAAGCACUGAGGCAGAGGACGCUGUGUCUGGAGGGAGUCCUUUCCUGCCAGCCCAAAGAGAACUUGGGGGAAGUCAUCGACCGGAUUGUCCGGGAGCAGGUACACCGGUUGGUGCUAGUGGAUGAGAGCCAGCAUCUCCUGGGCGUGGUGUCCCUAUCCGACAUCCUUCAGGCACUGGUGCUCAGCCCUGCUGGCAUUGAGGCCCUCAGUGCCUGAGAAUAUGAGUCCUCAUUCCCAGACUGCCUUCCACAAGCGGAGCCAAUGAAGAGAGCUGGGUGUCGGCCUUCAUCUUCCCCCACCCCUAUUAGCUGGUUCGACUCUGGUUCAGGCUUCUCCAGCCCUCCCUAAAUGCCCUUGCCCUGACUAUUCUCCCAGAAGCCCUCGGGAAUGCCCAGUGCACUAUGGGAUGAUGACAUUAAGGAGAACAGCUGAGUCAAGCCUAGAGAUCCCUGAAUCAGAGGCACUGGGAUUGCCCUAAGGCCCACUGCUCCCUGUCCACCCACAUCACCUUCCCCAACCUGGGUUGUGACUGGCCCCAGUGGGGCCACGAGCCCUCAGCACAUGGGUAUAGUCAGGGGCUCAGGAUUCUUCGAAGCUCCUAAGAGUCCCAGCUGUUCUUCCCCCUGGAGAACCUCUGACCUCCUACUCCCCCUGCACUGUCGUUUCAGGACUGCUGGGGGCACCAUGGAGCAGCAGUUAUUUGUAGAACUGCCUGUUAGAGUGGCCCACCCUCCAUUCUCUUCCUCAGCUCUCACUUGCAAACAGUGUUCUCCGUUCCCAGUGAUGGCCCUGUAUUCAGAUCACUGACGAUGGACAUAGAGAAAACAAAAACAAAAAGAACAACACACAAAUUUAGGUUUUAUACGUUUCGCUCAGAAAAUGCUACAGUCAUUUGAUCUUGUGGCAAGACCCCUGCACUUUCUGAAUUCGAAGAUACAGAAGGAAAAUCUGUAAUUAGCAAA